GUGCGCAGACACGUGCCUCGGCUGGCCUGAGAACCUGGGAGGUUUCGGGAGGUUUGGGGCUGCAAGGAGAGCGGAGCGGUAGUCCGAAUCCGGGAAUCCGGAGGGGAAAGAACCGACUCUGAGCGUGCCCGGGCCCCUCUCAGGCGGUGGUCCUUCGCUCCCUGCUGGCUGUCAUGUGGGCUGCCCUGAGGUUAGCCCUGCGGCCCAGCGCCCGCGCCUUUGUCCCCGGGCCGCGCGCUUAUCACGGGGACUUGGUGGCCACGCUGGGCACCCAGCCAGACUCGGGCUCUGCCAUCUACCAGGUAGGCUGGGUGAGCGCCCCGGCGCCCCGGGCCUGGAAUCCCCUGACUGAGCCUGAAAACUAUGAACAGAUGAAAGCACUAGUAAAUCAACUCCGUGAACGAGCGCAGGAAAUAAGAUUAGGAGGCAAUGAGAAAGCCCGAGAACUCCACAAAUCAAGAGGAAAACUUUUAGCCAGAGAAAGAGUGGACAGUCUUAUAGACCCAGGAUCUCCAUUUCUGGAAUUAUCUCAGUUUGCAGGUUACCAAUUAUAUAUGAAUGAGGAGGUCCCGGCCGGUGGCAUUAUUACAGGCAUUGGCAGAGUAUCAGGAGUGGAAUGCAUUAUUGUUGCCAAUGAUGCCACCAUCAAAGGAGGUUCCUACUACCCAGUGACUGUGAAGAAACACUUACGGGCGCAAGAAAUUGCAAUGCAAAACAGACUCCCCUGCAUUUACUUGGUUGACUCAGGAGGGGCAAACUUACCUCGACAAGCAGACAUAUUUCCAGAUCGAGAUCACUUUGGCCGUAUAUUCUAUAACCAGGCAAUUAUGUCUUCUCAAAAUAUUGCACAGAUUGCGGUGGUCAUGGGCUCCUGUACGGCAGGUGGUGCUUACGUGCCUGCAAUGGCUGAUGAAAACAUCAUUGUACGCAAGCAGGGUACCAUUUUCUUGGCAGGACCCCCAUUGGUGAAAGCCGCCACUGGAGAGGAAGUGUUGGCCGAGGAUCUUGGCGGUGCUGAUCUGCAUUGCAGAAAGUCUGGAGUAUCCGACUACUACGCUUUGGAUGAUCAUCAUGCCCUUCACCUAACUAGGAUGAUUGUGAGGAAUUUAAAUUAUCAGAAGAAAUUGGAUGUUACUGUAGAACCUUCUGAAGAUCCUUUAUUUCCUGCUGAUGAAUUGUAUGGAAUAGUUGGUACUAACCUUAAGAGGCACUUUGAUAUUCGAGAGGUCAUUGCUAGAAUCGUGGAUGGAAGCAGAUUCAACGAGUUCAAAGCCUUAUAUGGAGACACAUUAGUUACAGGAUUUGCUAGAAUAUUUGGAUAUCCCAUAGGUAUCAUUGGAAAUAAUGGAGUUCUCUUUUCUGAAUCUGCAAAAAAGGGGGCUCACUUCAUCCAGAUAUGCUGCCAAAGGAAUAUUCCUCUGCUGUUCCUUCAAAACAUUACCGGAUUUAUGGUCGGUAGAGAAUAUGAAGCUGAAGGAAUUGCCAAGGAUGGUGCCAAGAUGGUGGCUGCUGUGGCCUGUGCCGAAGUGCCUAAGAUAACUGUCAUCAUUGGGGGAUCUUACGGGGCUGGAAACUAUGGGAUGUGUGGCAGAGCAUAUAGCCCAAGAUUCCUCUACCUGUGGCCAAACGCUCGCAUCUCAGUGAUGGGAGGAGAGCAGGCAGCCAAUGUGUUGGCCACAGUAGCAAAGGACCAAAGAGCACGUGAAGGGAAACAAUUCUCCAGUGCUGACGAAGCAGCCUUAAAAGAGCCCAUCAUUAAGAGGUUUGAAGAGGAAGGAGACCCUUACUACUCCAGUGCAAGGCUGUGGGAUGAUGGGAUUAUUGAUCCAGUGGACACCAGACUGGUGCUGGGUCUCAGUCUUAGUGCGGCCCUCAACGCACCAAUCCAGAAGACUGACUUCGGCAUCUUGAGGAUGUAACUGGAAUAUAAGGCAUCUUCCAUAGGACAUGUACCAAAAAUUAAUGUACUGGUAGCCUUAAAAUUUUAGACUUUUCCAACAUGUGGCUAUUACGGUAAAAUUGUUUUCUCAACACACUGCAUUGUACUUUUCUACCUUAAAAAAAAAUCAGUGAAGAUAUUUAUUUGAUGAACUUCAAUUCCUUGUCCAUUUUCUUAGAGCAAUUUUUCUGUGGCUCCACUUUACCACCCAUAAAAUGAAGAGAAUAACUUACAGUUAGCCUUUCUAACCCACGUGAAGUAUGAAAAGUUCCAUAACCUAUAAAUCCCAGGUAUGAUUGAGAUUAUUCACAGAAAGUUGUUUUUCCACCGAAAUGAUUGCUUUGCUGAUUAUGCACGAUGCUAUUUUAACACACAUAAUUUUUAGAAGCAUCUAUUACUUUGCCUUUCAGCCACCAUCCUACUCCUUCCUGUAACAGUCAGACUUGUUGCUGUCUGCACUCGGGGCUCUGUUUCCUCCCCAUUCUCUCUUCAGCCUACACCUCAUCGGCUUCCACUGCCAACAGCCCUCUCCAAGGUUGGCCUCCAUGUUGCUGAAGCCAGUGGGUUCUUUCCCGAUGUUACUGGACUGAAUUUUCUGUGGCAUUAAGAGCAGUCAAACACUUGUUCCUAGCAGUGCUAUCCUUAGCUUUCAGACUGUAACUCUAGGUUUUCCACCAACCUCUUUGGCCCUUCUUGUUCCGCCUCCUUUGUCAGGCUCUGUUCCUCUAUGCAUUUCUCUCCCACUCCCGUCACCAUUUGUCCUGAUUUUUCAUUAGUAAAACAUGAAUAGAUUCUGAUUCUGAAAGAUACAAAAAUAACAUGAAAGUAUCUCCUCAUUCUUUUUGAAAAAUUGUGGUAAAAUAUAUAUUACAUAAAAUGUACCAUUUUAACCAUUUUUAGCUGCACGGUUCUGUGGCAUGAAGUCCAUUCACACGGUCGUGCAACCAUGGCCACCAUCCAGCUCCAGAACUUUUCAUCAUUCCAAACAAUAGCAGCUCCCCAUUCCCUCUCCCCCCAGCCCCCGGCCCUCUCCUCAUUCUUAAAUGCAGGUGUUUCUCAUGGUUUGGUUUAUUCUCGCUGGGUCAUUUCAGGCCUUAUGGCUUCGGUGGCCAUCUGAAUGUGGAUGAUUCCUGCAUCAAGGUUGUUCUCCCUGAGCUCCAGACCUGUGUAUCUAACGGGUCUACUGGAUGUCUGCACUGAUGGACUUAUAGGAACCUCAGAUUCAAUCAUCAAGGUCUAUUGAUUUUGCCUCCUGUCUUUUGGAUUCCCCAUUAUUUCCAUCUUUCACCACCACGGGCUUUAGAAGUGGUCUAUCUGCAUCCAGUCUUAGCUAGUACUGCUUCCCCAUCACUGCGAGAUGAAGAUGGCCAUUCUAAGUGUGCAUCUGGUCAUGCUGUUCCUUUGCUCCAAUGUCUCACUGGUUCCCUGUCGAAGUGCCAGACCUGUCAUGCUCUCCAGGACUGUGAUCAUCACAUCCCCUCUUCUGCCUCAUCUCCUUGACUCUUCCUCACGCUCGGUGCUCUAGCUGUUACAGAUUUCUUGUUCCUUGAACCUGUAGAGUCCUUCCCACCUUAGGGUCCACCACCCAAGGUUCCCUCUGCCUGUACCAUCCUACCUUCCCUUAAACACUUACCUUUUUGUCUCUGUGACUUCCCUGGUUUGGGUUAGACGCUGUGCUCUCGUAAAGCCGCAGCCACUUUCUUCUCUGUCUUACAUAUUUAUGAGAAACCUAAACAUUUCUUUAAUACUGCCCUCCUGCUAGAAUGUAAGCUCUCUGAGAGCAAGGAUGUCCUGUUUAGCCUGCAGCUGCAGGCCCUAGCACUUGUAGGUGCUUACGUAUUUGUUGAGUGAAUGAGAAAUCCAUAUUUUAAUUGAUGUCUUCAGACCACAUUACAAUUAAAUGACUGAUUAUGUGAUCUAAUACAACUAUCCAGUGCUUUCCUCAUAAAAUUAAUACUUCAAACUUUGUGUGUCAUGUUCAAUUUACACAGCAUUUGGGGCACCUGGGUGGCUCAGUUGUUAAGCGUCUGCCUUCGGCUUGGGUCAUGAUCCCGGGGUCCUGGGAUCGAGCCCCACGUCGGGCUCCCUGCUCGGCCGGGAAGGCUGCUUCUCCCUCUCCCACUCCCCCUGCUUGUAUUCCCUCUCUCACUGUGUCUCUGUCAAAUAAGUAUAUAAAACCUUAAAAAAAAAUUUUAGGCAGCCUUUGUGUAUCAGAAAUCAGUUUAAUUUUUUGAGAUGUGUACAGAUAAAUGCUCACAGUUCAGAGGUGGGCUGCAUUUUCAGAAGGAUGUGGGACAAGGUCACUGAGAGGACAUCCCCUCCCCUUUCCUUGGAAAGUUCCCCCACCCACUGUUCCUGUAGGGGGAGCCAUUUCAAGAACAUAGCCUUGAGAGAGGAAGGUGUUGAGACCAUCUGAACCCAGUUAAGCUUCUUUAUAAAUAAGAUUCUGGCCCGUGGGUGUGGAGAUGAUCUCGUGUUGUGGAGGAUGCAGGCCACGCUCAGAAGUGCAUUCCCUCGCAUACCAAUGCGGAGUGGCCUUCUCUCUCCCAUCUCUCCCUUGGCCUCCCUGUUCUGGGGCCAGUUUUCGAACCAACAAAGGGGACACGGUAAGCAUUUUAAAAUAGUAAAUUAUAUUAAAGUUUCAGUUAAAAUUUACAUCCAUGUCAGAAAACAAAAAUUUUUUAAAAAAUCAAGUGUAGGUAAUACUGCUUUGCUAUGAAUCCUCAACAAAUCAAAGAUUGAUGAAUUUUUUAGGACUGUUUUUAUCUCUCUAAAGAAAUUGUUCUCUCUAAAAAGAUCACCAUCAUCACGAGCACCACACUUAAAAUAGUUAAAUUAUGUUACAUAGUUAAGCCAAUACAAAAAAAUUGUUUUAUCAAAACAGGCAGCAUUUUUCGUCUGCCCCCUCCUAACUUUACUGAGACAUAACUGACAUUUCACAUGGAAGUUGAAGGUGUACAGUGUGAUUUGAUACACUUAUAUUGUGAAAUGUUUACCACAAUGUGGUUACUUAACACAUUCACCUCACAGAACUUUUUGUUUGGUAGGGAGAAUAUUUUUUUUUUCUACAUCUCAGUUCUUAUAAAUGAGAAUUGCAGCCAGGAUAAUAGGAGUAACUUAGAAUCUUAAGUAUGCAGCAAAUUAAUCUAAAUUAGCCACUCUGGGUACUUCGAGAAUAAAAGAGACAAAAUUAAUUGUAUUUUUCAGUUUUCAGGAAAAAAAUUUCAAUUAAGAAUUUGUUGAAAUUUUUUACACUACCAGAAGACGCUGCUGAAUGUUGUUGAAUGUGCAAGUAAAAUUAUCAUUUGCCAGAUGUGCAUGUUCAUGCGUAAGGCACAACUAGAGAGGCUGGUAUGACCUUUACAAGGGUAGGUAACGGCAGCUUAUUCCAUGAUUUAAUAAGACUUUUUUGGGGAGAGGCCACAUAGUCCUUGUUGGUUCUGAAAUGUGUUCGUUGGUGUCCUGGAAUGAUGAUUGAUUAUUCUGGCCAAAGCCAAUUUCUUACAAAUCUUAAUUACUGGUUCUGAAAUUCAGUAUUUAGAAAAACUGCAAGAGGGCGCCUGGGUGGCUCAGUUGGUUAAGCAACUGCCUUCGGCUCAGGUCAUGGUCCUGGAGUCCCGGGAUCGAGUCCCGCAUCGGGCUCCCUGCUCGGCGAGGAGCCUGCUUCUCCCUCUGACCCUCCCCCCUCUCAUGUACUCUCUCUCAUUCUCGCUCUCUCAAAUAAAUAAAUAAAAUCUUUAAAAAAAAAAAAAAAAAAAAAAAAAAAAAAAAGAAAAA